AUGUCUCCAGACCUAAAGCCUAUUGAGCAUCUGUGGGGCAUCCUCAAACGGAAAGUGGAGGAGUGCAAGGUCUCUAACAUCCACCAGCUCUCAAACAAAUUUGUUUGCUUCUCUCUAAAUCAAGCCGCACUGCCUUUGGUGAUCAACACUUGGCAUUUUGAGAAUGCAGCUAACGCAGCCUGGAGCGCACAGCAGAGGGGCGGCUCGCUUCUGGAUGCGGUGGAGAGGGGCUGCGCGCAGUGUGAGCUCGAGCAGUGUGAUGGCAGCAUGUGGUUCGGCGGGAGUCUGGAUGAGCGCGGAGAGACAACCCUGGACGCGAUGAUCAUGAAUAGAGACACAAUGGAUGUAGGGGCAGUGGCAGACCUACGCAGGGUCAAAAAUGCUGUGGGUGUUGCCCGAGCGGUGAUGGAAUACACAGAGCACACCUUUAUAGUGGGCGAGUCAUCCACAAUCUUUGCUCAAAACAUGGGCUUCAUGACUGAGGACUUGUCAACUAACCAAUCAAUAGCUAUUUUCUCCCAGUGGUUGCAGCAGAAUUGUCAACCCAACUAUAGAAAGGUGAUUUUUCCAGACCCUUCCGAAUCAUGUGGGCCAUACAAGCCCAAAGCCAAGCCGUGGAGGCCUAAGAAUUCUUACUAUAAAUUCUCAUUAGGAAUGGUUGCGAUUUAUAAGAACGGACAGGUGGCUGCUGCAACGUCUACCAAUGGAGCAACACAUAAGAUACCAGGCCGUGUAGGUGAUUCACCAGUGGCUGGAGCCGGGGCUUAUGCCGACAACACAGCGGGAGGAGCGGCCGCCACAGGGGAUGGAGACAUUAUUCUGAAUAUGAAUAAUAAUCAUGGAAUUUAUUGUCAAAACCCUUCUUUUGUCCAAAGGUGCUGCUUGUAA